UAAAAAAAUGACACGAUGGAGGUCUUGGUGGGUGGGUAGUGCAAAAUCGAGGGUUGUCUUCUUUCAUGGGCUACGACACUCUCUCGCUCUCUCUCUCCUUCUCUCUCUCUCUAGCUCUGCAUUUGCGAUCCUUGAUCUGUGAGCCCUAGAUCUUCAUCAUUUUCGCGCUUAAUUUCUUUGAUUUAGGUUUAGGACCUUGCCCUGCGGAUUUCCAGGACCAAUUUUGGUGGAUUUUUGCCGGGAUCUCGACCUUUUCUUUCUCCUCCAAGCUCCGAUUUUUGCCGCGCCGGAAGCUGUUUGUUUUGGGGUUCUGAAUUCAGUGAGAUCGAGAAGGAAAAAGGAAAAGGGAUCGUAGGGGGAUUUUAGUUAGUAAGGUCGAUGGCUUCUAAUCCUCCUCCAUUCGAGGUGGAGGAUCAGACGGAUGAGGAUUUCUUCGAUAAAUUGGUGGACGAUGAUUUUGGUCCCACGGAAUCAUCCGCCCCGAAAUUCACCGAGGGAAAUGAUUCCGACGAUGCUAAGGCCUUUGCUAAUCUUAGCAUUGGGGAUGAAUCUCCUGCAUUGGAGGAUUUCAGCCGUGAAGGUGGGGUUGAUGAACCGAAAACUGAAAAGGGUGCUGCCCAAAUGGAUGCGGUUGAUGUGUCUGAGCAAAUUAGCGAAAAGGGUGUUGUUGAAGUUAGUGCGAAAGAUGAAAACUCUGGUGUAUCUGCGAGCUCAACCUUGUUAGAUGCGGCUCUCGAACCUAAAAAUGACGGGGCAGGAUCUGAAUUGAGGUCAGAUUCCGUUAGCAAUGAAUCCGGCAGUGCAGGGUUUAAGGUGGUGGGAUGGAGUUCGUUCCAUGCUGAUUCUGCUCAGAAUGGGGGUCAUGGGUUUGGAUCCUACUCCGACUUUUUUAGUGAAUUGGAUGCAGGUGUUUCUGGUGAAGUUCCUGGAAAAGUUGGCGAAGAUUUGACAACUCAAGCGAAAAUUGCCGCUGCUAACGAAGAGCAUAGAGAUGAAAGUUUGAACGGUAUGGUUAAUUAUGCACAACAUCAGGAAGGUCAAAAUUUUGGUGCUCAUGUGGAGCAAAAUACAAAUGUGCAGGAUCUAAAUACCAGUCAAUACUGGGAAAAUCUAUAUCCGGGAUGGAAGUACGACCUAAACACUGGGCAAUGGUACCAAGUGGAUGUUGUUGAUCCCACAGCACAUGCUCAAAGUAGCUUUGGAACGAAUUCAGCCAGUGACUGGACUGCUAUUUCUGAUGUUAAAACUGAGAUUUCUUACAUGCAGCAAACGCCUCUCUCUGCUGUGGGAACUGCUGCCAAAACCAAUACUUAUACGGAGCAAUCGCCUAUUUCUUUUGUGGGAACUGCUGCCGAAACCAAUACCUAUAUGCCGCAAGCAUCUACUUCUGUUGUGGGAACCGCUGCCGAAACCAAUACUUAUAUGCAGCAAACGUCUAAUUCUGUCGUGGGACAUGCUACCGAAACCAGUGCAAGUCAGAGCGUGUCCAACUGGAAUCAGCCUUCCCAAGCAAAUAAUGGGUAUCCUGAACAUAUGAUUUUUGAUCCCCAGUAUCCUGGUUGGUAUUAUGACACAAUCGCCCAAGAGUGGCGAUCUCUGGAUACUUAUACUUCAACUGUUCAAUCGACUGUUCAGGACUAUAGUCAGCAGAAUCAAAACGGGGUUGUUUCAAGUAAUAUGUAUUCUCAGAACAAAAGUAGUUCGUUUGAAGAGUAUAGGCAGGAUGACAAAUAUGGGUCAAGAGGCCUUGGUGGCCAAGGUCAAGAAGGUGGAUGGACUGGAUCUUAUAAUAGUAGUAAUCAAAACAAUCAGAAUAUGUGGCAAGCUGAAGUACCUAAGAGUGCAACCUUAACAGCAUUUGGUGGAAGUCAGCAAUUGAGUAAUUCUUAUGGUUCACAAUUUUCUACAAAUGAAAAUCAGCAGGCAUCGUUGAGUUCUUUUGGAGCAGUUCAAUCGUACAAUAGAACUAAUCAGGGGCACAAUGAAGCCAACGGGACUAUGGGGUUUCAGGGUUUCAACGCUGUAACCCAGCCGUUUAAUCAAGCAAAUGUUAGCGACCAAAAUUAUAUCUCAAAUGAUUACUAUGGCAAUCAGAAACCUGCGAAUUUUUCUCAACAAUUAUUUUCUAGUGGCAACCAGUUACCUUAUUCUCCCAGUGUCGGAAGGUCACCGGAUGGGCGUCCUCUACAUGCUCUAGUAACUUUUGGGUUUGGAGGAAAACUCAUAGUAAUGAAGGAUCAUAGUAACCUUGGGAACUCAUCUUAUGGAAGCCAGGGUCCCGUUGGAGGCAUAGUUUCUGUUCUGAAUUUGCAAGAAGUUGUGACAGAGAACACCAAUGUUUCAACUAGUGGGAGCUGUAAUUACCUUCGAGCUUUGUAUCAACAGUCCUUUCCUGGUCCAUUGGUUGGCGGAAAUGUAGGAAGUAAAGAAUUGAAUAAAUGGAUAGACGAGAGAAUUACAAAUUGUGAUUCAUCUGACAUGGAUUCCAAGAAAGCUCAAACAUUGAAGUUGCUACUUUCCUUGCUUAAGAUAGCUUGCCAACAUUAUGGAAAACUUCGUUCUCCUUUUGGUUCCGAAGUUGCAUUGAAAGAUAAUGAUACCCCAGAAUCAGCAGUUGCUAAACUUUUUGCUUCAGCAAAGAGGAGUAGUGCACAAUUCAGUGAGUAUGGUGCUGUUAACCACUGCUUGCAGAAACUACCUUCUGAAGCAGAACUACAGGCAACUGCUUCUGAGGUGCAAAAUCUUCUAGUUUCUGGUAGAAAGAGAGAGGCUUUACAGUAUGCACAAGAAGGUCAAUUGUGGGGCCCUGCACUUGUUCUUGCUUCACAACUUGGUGAUCAGUUCUAUGUCGAUACUAUCAAGCAAAUGGCUUUUCACCAACUUGCUGCGGGAUCCCCUCUGCGGACUCUAUGCCUGCUUAUAGCUGGGCAACCGGCCGAAGUGUUUUCUGUAAAUGCUAUUGCUGAUGGCAGUCUUCCAGGCUCUGUUACAAUGUUUCAACAGCCUGCACAGUUUGGUACCAGUGGCAUGCUUGAUGACUGGGAGGAGAAUCUAGCUGUAAUAACUGCAAACAGAACUAAAGAUGAUGAGUUAGUAAUCAUCCAUCUUGGAGACUGCCUGUGGAAAGAAAGGAGUGAGAUUACUGGAGCACAUAUCUGCUAUGUAGUUGCGGAAGCAAACUUUGAGUCAUACUCAGACAGUGCAAGACUCUGUCUGAUUGGAGCAGAUCACUGGAAAUUUCCUCGGACAUAUGCUAGUCCAGAGGCUAUUCAGAGGACUGAGUUAUACGAAUACUCAAAGGUGCUUGGGAAUUCUCAGUUUAUCUUGUUGCCAUUUCAACCAUAUAAAUUAGUCUAUGCUCACAUGCUUGCUGAAGUGGGAAAGGUUUCAGAUUCAUUGAAAUAUUGUCAAGCAAUAUUGAAGUCUCUGAAAACUGGUAGAGCACCUGAAGUAGAAACAUGGAAACAAUUAGUAUUAUCACUUGAAGAGAGGAUUAGAACCCAUCAACAGGGAGGAUACGCUUCAAAUUUGGCUCCUACAAAAUUAGUUGGAAAAUUACUGAACUUUUUCGAUAGUACUGCACAUCGUGUUGUUGGAGGAUUGCCACCACCUGCACCGUCUACGUCACAUGGAAGUGUCCACGGUAAUGAACAUUUGCACCAGCAGCAGAUGGCUCCUAGAGUAUCAAGUAGUCAAUCAACAAUGGCUAUGUCAUCUUUAAUGCCUUCUGCUUCGAUGGAACCCAUCAGUGAGUGGGCUGCCGAUGGCAAUAAAAUGACAAUGCCUAAUAGAAGUGUUUCAGAGCCAGACUUUGGUAGAACUCCAAGACAAGUUGAUUCAUCAAAGGAAGUAACCUCAGCUGAUUCACGAGGAAAAGGAUCAGCCUCUGGGGGGACAUCUCGCAUGUCACGUUUCGGUUUUGGGUCACAGUUGCUGCAAAAAACAAUGGGCCUAGUUUUAAGGCCUCGCUCUGGUCGCCAGGCUAAAUUAGGUGAAGAGAACAAAUUCUAUUAUGAUGAAAAGCUGAAGAGGUGGGUAGAAGAAGGUGUUGAGGCCCCUGCUGAAGAAGCUGCUCUGCCUCCUCCUCCAACAAUGACAGCCUUCCAGAAUGGAAUGUCUGAUUACAGUCUGAAAUCUGCAUUGAAGAGUGAGGUAUCUCCUCCUGGAGGUAGUCCUGACUCAAAAAGUUCAACUCCAGAAUAUUCUUCAGGGAUCCCACCUAUUCCACCUAGUUCAAAUCAAUUCUCAGCACGUGGACGGAUGGGUGUUCGUUCAAGGUACGUUGACACUUUUAACCAGGGUGGUGGUAGGCCAGCAAACUUGUUUCAGUCACCCUCUAUACCAUCUGUUAAGCCAGCUGUUGCUGCCAAUGCAAAGUUUUUCAUUCCUACCCCUGCCUCCGGAGAACAGUCAAUGGAGGCUAUAGCAGAAAGCGUGCAUGAAGACGUGCCAACAGUGGGGGCGCAUGAAGAAGCUUCCACAUCUACCGUGAAUGAUGCGGCAUUCCAGGUUCCCCCGCCGUCAGCAUCCAUUCAAAGGUUCCCAAGCAUGGGGAACAUUCCAAGCCAGCGAGUGAUGUCAAAUGGCAAUGGCUCCCUUUCUUCACACUCGCGAAGAACAGCCUCAUGGAGUGGAAGUUUUAACGAUUCAUUUACCUCUCCAAAAGGAACCGAAGUAAAACCUUUAGUAGCAGCCUCGGGCAUGCCUCCGACCAUGUUUUCACCCAGUGACCCAUCUUUGAUGCGUACACAGAUGAAUGGUGGCAAUUUUGCUGAUGAACUCCAGGAAGUGGAGCUUUGAGAGCCAAGUCUAAGAUGUACAUAUUGAGUUUUGUUCCUCGUGAUCAAAUACAAAAUAGUUGUGGGAUGAAUGUUCAUGUUCCUGCCCUUGCAUCCCUCAGAAAAUCAAAAUGGUGGGUAUGGUAUGGUAUGGUAUAUGGUAUGAGUUGGAAUUUGAGUUUAUACAAAAAGUAAAUGGAAUGUUUUCCUUUGCCUUAUGCCUCCUUAAUCUGCCAUGAAUGAAGUUGGGUGCAAUUCUAUGUACUAUUAUUAACUACACCGGAGUCACCAUCAUCUGAGGCUUGAGGAGCUGGUUUUAUAUGGGCACACACCUCUGUACAGUUCAUUUAUUCAUUUGUUGGAAGACCAAACCAAAAAAAGGAAGGCCCUUUUGAGGUGUAGACAAAAGGGAGUCUCCAUAGAUCUCAAGGGGAGAUGAGAUAAGAUGAUAGUGUAUUGAGUUUAGACAAAGGAAAAAAAGAAACACAAACAAAUAAAAUUCUAUGCUUGUGCCUUUCGAAUCUUUUUUUAGUGCACUAUGAAAUUGAAUCAAAUGUUAAAAUUAUUUACCCCAUUUUUUGCUUUAACAUGUCACUAAUAUAUUUUUGUGAUAAUGAAGAAUUUCCAACUUGCUUUGCUUUCA